GCACUUCGUCUCUUCAGUCGCCGUUGAUUAAAGAGAGCCUGCGAGCUGCUCGGCCUUCUCGACGCGACAUUCUUCCCCUGCGCCUUGUGCCACGAAAUUCAAAAUCCCCAACCUCCACCACCACCAAAGCUCUAUCCCCGCACUCGCGCUUCGCCGAACGAUGCACCUUGUCGCCUGUUCCCAGAUGGACAUCCCUCACACCUCCUGCUGAACAUCCCGACCCAGCUCAAACCACCCCGAAAUUCUUAAGCCCGGGUAUCUGCCCGGGGGCCAUGUCCAGCCAUGGAAGCUGAUUGGGAUGAAUUGUCGCGCAUACCCGUGCCCCCUCCGAGUCCGCACGGGUUGCCGACGGUCGCGACCACAAUAGCCUUUGACGAUGUGAUGGAACUUCUGUGGGCCGGAAAUGAAUAUGGCCGAAUUACCUCCUUCUACGGUCCCGAAAUGCAGAGGUAUACCUCUGUUCGGGCACACCCUGUGUCCGAAGGCGCGGUGCGACAGAUCCUCUUCCACGAGAGAGGCGUAUUAUCGAUAUCCUCGAAGAGUGCCCACAUGAUCACCCGACGUGGCCUGACACAGUGGCAUAUCGCCCACGAAGAGAUGACCGACCUUCGCUGCAUGAGUUUCACCGCACAAACGAACCGGAUCAUCGUGGCCGGAUGCCAGAAAGUGAUGUUCACCAUCGAUAUCGAUAAGGGUAUCAUUGUCGACAAGUUGCCGACGGAGUACAACUAUACCAUGAUGAAGAAGAGCCGGUAUCUCUGCGCGGCAACCGACACCGGGUCCGUCAACGCGUUGAGUCUGAAUGACUUCAGCGUUGUGAAGUCGUGGAAAGCCCACGGCACCGCCGUCAACGACAUGGAUGCGCGGAACGAUCUGCUCGUCACCUGCGGCUUCUCGGUCCGACACCUGGGCGCUCCGAUCGUGGACCCCCUGGCCAAUGUCUACGACUUGAAAACACUCUCCCCGUUACCUCCGAUCCCCUUCCACGCGGGUGCCGCCUACGUGCGCAUGCACCCGAAGCUGCACACGACGAGCUUUGUCGCCUCCCAGACGGGCCAGCUUCAGGUCGUGGAUCUGAUGAAUCCCAAUGCGAUCAACCUGCGCCAGGCGAACGUUUCUUUCAUGCUGGGUAUUGACCUUUCGCCUUCGGGAGAAGCGCUCGCCAUCAAUGAUGCGGAGUGUCAGAUCCAUCUGUGGGGCUCCCCGGCGAAGGUGCAUUUCAACGAGAUGAGCAAGGAAAUCGAGUUUGCCGAUGUCACGCCGCGGCCGCCGCCUGUGGACUGGGCUCCGGAAUCGCCCCUGAACAUGAUCGGGAUGCCGUAUUACCACGAUCGGUUAUUCUCUGCGUGGCCGAGCCAUCUCGUUUUCGAGGUCGGUAGUCCCCCGGCCCCUGUCGACCAGGCUUUGCUCGCCUACCUACGCCCCGCCGAGAUCGGCCAUUAUGCGGCGAACCCGAAGAAAACGCGGCGGUACCAGGUCGAGAACACCCGCGCUUUAUCUACUGCGGACACGGCGCUCAUCGCUCCCAAAUUCUUGAGUGAGAAGGCCAGGGAGCAGAGCAAGGUCAAGUCCGAUGGUUCCCUCAGCGACACAACGGAGGCCUUGGCUGGUGUGAAGCUCAACGGUGAAGCGGAAGACGACCCGCUCCUUAAAUACAGCAACGUCGAGAUCAAGUACAGUCGCUUUGGUGUGGAUGACUUCGACUUCCGAUUCUAUAACCAGACGACCUUCUCCGGUCUCGAGACACACAUUGCGAAUUCCUUUACCAACGCUCUCCUUCAACUCUUCAAGUUUAUUCCGAUGAUCCGCAAUGUUGCGCUCCAUCACGCUGCCAGCUCUUGCAUAUUCGAGAGCUGUCUACUGUGUGAGAUGGGCUAUCUGUUCGAUAUGCUCGAGAAAGCCAACGGUCAAAAUUGCCAGGCGACAAAUCUCCUGAAGACCUUCAGUAGCUCUCGUGAAGCAUCCAGUCUGGGCCUAUUCGAGGAGAACUUGACGACCAAGUCUCUUUCUACGGCCAUCCAAGCGGUCAACAGGUUCUUCUUAACACAAAUCUCUCAUGAUCACCGAAUGAUCUUACCCAGCUCGGAAGAACUCGAUCAGCGACUCAACACCGUUGCCUCUGAAACUAUACGAUGCAUGUGCUGUCAGAACGACAUCGUCCGGCCCGGGAACUCCCUGGUCAACGAGCUGGUGUAUCCCGCCAUUGACCUCAAGCAAAUUCGCCGAAACCCUGCCUUCCGCUUCUCCAACAUCUUGCGGGCCAGCAUAGAGCGGGAGACACAGAAUAGAGGAUGGUGUAACCUGUGUCGGCGGUACCAACAAGUGAAGAUUCGGAAAAGCAUACACCGAAUGCCUCCGGUCCUAAUGCUCAACGCAGCACUGAGUAACCCCAUCUGUCGCCGCCUGUGGGCAAUUCACGGUUGGCUGCCGGAAGAAAUUGGAAUUGCGGUCGACAAUGGCAAGGCUCUGUGCUUCGAGGGCGACGAGCUCAAGUUGCGACUUCAGUCAAAGAUGGCUGGGCUUGUGGUGUAUGAACUGGUGGGAUUGGUUUGCGAGAUCGACAUCCCCGAGCAUCAGAAAGCUCAUCUGGUCUCGUUCAUCAAUGUCUCCAUAUCCUCCCCGGAGGCAGACCCUACGAAUAAGUGGCACUUGUUCAAUGACUUCCUGGUGACUGAGGUUGAUAGAGAUGAAGCCCUCCGGUUCAACCAGCCCUGGAAAAUACCAUGUGUCUUGGCUUACCAGGUCAAGGAUGGACGUCAUUCCAUGGACGACUCUUGGAAGAAGUCGCUCGAUACCACCCUUUUGUUCCGUGAUUGGUCUAUGAAUGCUGGCCAAGCCGUGGAUUCGCGCGUGACACUUACCGAGGAGGAAAAGCCCACUCCGGGCACCCCUGUUGCGCUGGAUACGGAGUUCGUCGACCUCGAGAAAGCGGAAAUCGAUGUCAAGGCAGACGGCUCGCAAGAGGUGGUACGGCCGAACAAGAGUGGCCUGGCUCGGGUGUCUGUUCUCCGAGGCUCAGGGCUUCGCGAGGGCGUUCCCUUCAUCGACGAUUAUAUCAACAUCAAGGAACCCAUUGUGGACUACGUUACGCAGUAUUCUGGUAUCAAACCCGGAGACCUCGAUCCCAGAACUAGCCCACACAAUCUUGUCCCACUGAAAGUGGCAUAUAAGAAGCUCUGGCUGCUCCUGAAUCUAGGCUGUGUGUUUGUCGGGCACGGUCUGGCCUCCGAUUUCCGGAAGGUGAACAUUCAGGUCCCUAAGAACCAGACGGUGGACACGCAGUAUCUGUUCUUCCACCCCGGGAAGAACCGGCGUCUGAGUCUCCGAUACCUCGCCUGGGCUGUGUUCAAGGAAUUCAUCCAAGAAGAGCCCACCGACAACAGCAACAACAACCAAGGACACGACUCGAUUGAGGACGCGCGGAUGGCGCUGCGCCUCUGGAAGAAAUUCAAGGAGUAUGAAGACGCUGGGGUCGUAUCCCAGAUUCUGGAGGAGAUCUUCCGCGAAGGGUCCAAGCUUGGAUUCCGCCCGCCCCCCAGGAACGGCACCACGACCGUCCUUUCUCGUCCGGGAACCGCGGUGACGAUGCAGAAUGGCAGCGGCCGCAAUACUCCUAGCACCCCCGACGUUGGGGUUGGGGUUGGGGCUGGGGUCCCCGCCGGCAGCGCCCCUGCCACCCCCCGGCAAGCGUUUCGACGCUCGAUCGCUUUGACUCCGAGUAACGGCAGCUUUGCUAGCCCUGCCGCAAGCGACAUUUUUGGAGCCAGCCCGUUGAAGUAAGGCCCGUCGUCGGUUUUGGAUGGAAGUGAUAACGGCCUUCCAAUCUGGACAUGUGGCUUUUGAUUACACUUAUACCAUGAAUCGCUUGAUAGAAAGCGACUUCGAUUGAGGGGCCCUCAGUGGACUGUCGCAGUUGGGUAUCGCUGGACAAUUGGCUUGCUGUGCUUCGCACUUCAAUCAGAAAUAG